AAUGAGUUUGAGCUGGCUAGUAUCACCAUAACUUCAUAAAACCACAAAUGGCUAUUAUAUUAAUCAUGAUAACCUCAUGCUUGGUAAAUUUAUCCUAUUAUAAUUAGCUGGACCAUAAGAUAGAAGAAGAUUAAUAUUUUAUUUUAUUGCUAGUCAAACACCUGAAAAAAUCACUUAAGAAGAUCAUAAGAAAUUCAUCAAAGAAUAAACAAUAGAUGUCGACAUGAGAUCUGGCAUAUUUUCUUUUGGUGGUAUAUUCUUAGCUUUAGCAACAUUAAGAGAACAACAAAUGAUCACUUCCAGAAUUACAAGCAGACCCAUUUUAAAUGGAAUGUUCAUCUUAGGAGUUGGUAAUAUUGUCUUAUAUACUUAUAGGUUUGGUCUCAGCCGCAUUUUCUUUCAACUUGUCCAAAGUUUUGUUUGAACCACUUUUUGUAUAAAGAAAUCAAGUGUUGUAAGAAUUGGCUGAAAAGUAUAAUUUUUCAGUCUUUGAUUUUGCCCUUGCCAAGAAAGAAGCAAGAUUAAAAUAAUUAAGAGCAGAACUUACAAGCGAUAGUAGUAAUGCUGCUCAUUUCUGAA